CCUGCAAAGAAAUGGGGACCAUCCUGCGAGAAGGACUGUCCCGACUGUCUGAAUGGCGGCAUCUGCCAUGACCACGUUGGCGAGUGCAUCUGUCCUCCCGGGUUCAUGGGCACCCGCUGCGAGCGAGCCUGCCGGGAAGGCCAGUUUGGCCACCGGUUCCCCCAGAUCAUCCAAUUGGCCUCAGAGCUGGAGUUCAACCUGGGCUCAGAGCCCAUCAUCAGCUGUGUGGCCACCGGCAACCCACUGCCUGCCAGCGACAGCGUGGAGCUGCGCAAGGCUGACGGCACCGUGCUCAAGCUCAUCAAGGCCAUCAUCGAGCCCGGGCAGAUCACCUGCGAGUUUCAGGUGCGGCACCUGACGAAGGCAGACACAGGGCUCUGGGAGUGCCGAGUCUCCACAACUGGGGGCCAGGACAGCCGGAAAGUCAAGGUCAAUAUCCGAGUGCCUCCAGCACCCCUGAGCCCCCCCCGGCUGCUGGCCAAGCAGAGCCGCCAGCUCGUGGUGUCACCUGUGGAUUGCUUCUCUGGUGACGGACCCAUUGUCUCCAUCAAGCUGCUCUACAAGCCCAAAGAUGACACCUCAGCGUGGUCAUCCAUUGUGGUCGACAACAACGAGAACAUCACCCUCAUGAACCUCCGUCCGGUGACCGCCUAUGUCGUCAAGGUGCAGCUGAGCCGGCCAGGGGAUGGUGGGGAGGGCAGCAAAGGGCCCGAGGCCAUAAUGGUGACUGAGUGCCUUGAGCCCACAGUCAAGCCUGUGAUCGAAGGUUGGUCCAUAGAGGAGAAAAACACACUUCAUGUCAACUGGAAAUUGCCAAGUAACCACGAGCCGGCACAUGGGUUCAUCGUCCACCUUUUCGACUCUGCAAGGCGGCUGGUCUGUGAGAAAAACAUCACGUCCAUCUCUGUGCUCUCCGCCCGCAUUGGGGACCUGGAGUUCAACAAGGAGUACGGGCUGGAGGUGCUGGUCUACCACUGCACCAGCCUGGGGCCCCCCUCCGACCUCUACAAGGUCAUGAUCAACAGCAAAGGACCCUCCUCGCCACGGUCACUCUCAGCAGAGUCCGUGUCUGACACGGCCGUCAGGCUCUCCUGGCAGGUCCCUGAGUACCCCAACGGGGGCAUCACCAAGUACAUCGUGGAGCUGCAGCAGCUGGGGGGCACCAGCGAGCCUCAGUGGAUGGACACCGACAGCGGCGCCGAGACCACCAAGAUCAUUGGGGGCCUCAACGCCAGCACCAGCUACCAGUUUCGCGUUCGGGCCAACUCCCAUGUCCCAGGGGAGUGGAGCCAGCCUGUGAAAGCCAAGACCUUGGGGGACGGAGCGCUGAGCGUGCCCCCCAGCCUGGGCAGCCAGAGCACUGAGCAGGCGGGAAUAGACCAGCAGCUGCUCUUGGCCAUCGUUGGCUCCGUGUCUGUCACCUGCCUCACCAUCCUCUUUGCCCUCCUGGCGCUUUUCCUCAUCAAGAAGAAUUUUUUCCACCGGCGCCGCACCUUUACAUACCAGUCUGGCUCGGUGAGUGCCGCCUGCCCCACCAGGACCAUGUCCCCAGCUCCCCACGUCCCGGCCCGAUCCAGGUCACGCUCCGUAGCCUCCAGUCCAGAUGCAGCCAGACCUCACUUCCACGCAGAGAGGGGGGAAGAGACCAUCCUGCAGUUCAACUCGGGGACCCUGACCCUGACACGCCGGCCGAAGCCGCAGCCUGAGCCUCUCAGCUACCCCAUCCUGGAGUGGGAAGACAUCAAGUUUGAGGACAUGAUCGGGGAGGGCAACUUUGGGCAGGUCAUCAGGGCCAUGAUCAAAAAGGAUGGCCUGAAAAUGAACGCGGCCAUCAAGAUGCUGAAAGAGUUUGCUUCGGAGAACGACCACCGGGACUUUGCUGGGGAGCUGGAGGUGCUGUGCAAACUGGGCCAUCACCCUAACAUCAUCAACUUGCUGGGUGCCUGUGAGAACAAGGGCUACCUGUACAUCGCCAUUGAGUACGCUCCCUACGGAAACCUCCUUGACUUCCUCCGCAAAAGCCGAGUCCUGGAGACAGAUCCAGCCUUUGCUAAGGAACACGGCACUGCUUCCACCCUCACCUCUCAGCAGCUCCUCCAGUUUGCUUCAGAUGUGGCCAAGGGGAUGCAGUACCUGAGUGAGAAGCAGUUCAUUCACAGAGACCUGGCAGCCAGAAACAUCCUGGUGGGAGAAAACCUGGCCUCCAAGAUUGCUGACUUUGGCCUUUCCAGAGGGGAGGAGGUCUACGUGAAGAAGACAAUGGGCCGCUUGCCAGUUCGCUGGAUGGCCAUCGAGUCCCUGAACUACAGUGUGUACACCACCAAGAGCGACGUGUGGUCAUUUGGCGUCCUGCUCUGGGAGAUUGUCAGCUUGGGGGGGACGCCGUACUGCGGGAUGACAUGUGCCGAGCUCUACGAGAAGCUGCCCCAGGGCUACCGCAUGGAGAAGCCACGCAACUGUGAUGACGAGGUGUACGAGCUGAUGCGGCAGUGCUGGCGCGACCGCCCCUACGAGCGCCCGCCCUUUGCCCAGAUCUCCAUGCAGCUCAUCCGCAUGCUGGAGGCCAGGAAGGCCUACGUGAACAUGGCCCUGUUCGAGAACUUCACCUACGCGGGGAUCGAUGCCACUGCAGAGGAGGCGUGA